AGGGCGACUGCCGCGCGGCCCGCGCCGCGUCUGGUGUCGGCGAUCGAUGCUUUGUCCGUGCCCCGUUGGCCGGUCUCUCAUGGCCCUUCCUGGGCGUGGGGCGCCAGCAGUGGCACCGGAGAGAGCCUCGGCCGCCGACGGGGCGGCGGCGAUGUCGUUCUGGGGCUUCAUCGUCGGCCCGGGGGAGUCCAAGACGGUGGAGACGAAGGCUGCGCGCCAGAGGCCACUCGCUGCCUGGGGCCGCUCAGCUGGUGCACCUCGCCGGCUGCUGCGCGACGGAGGGCCUCCGGGCGGGGAGGUGGAAGGCCUGCCCGCGCCGCAGGCCGCGCCAGAAGGAAAGUCGGUCGCGAGGUCCGCCGCUGAGGACGAGGAGGACGAGGAAGAGGAGGAGGAGGAGGCGGAGGGAGAGGAGAAGUCGCCGAAGAAGGCCGAGGUGAAGCCAAAGGCAGAGGCAGAGGUUGCUGCCGCCACUGAAGUUGACAAUGAGGCCGACGAGGAACCUCACAUCGAGGGAGAGGAGGAGGAAGAGGAGGAGGAGUAG